CGGCGCUGUUUCCGGGUUUAACGCGGAUGUAUGGGGUGUAUCUGUUAGCCUGCUGCUAGCAUGAUUGUUAGCUUCCUGCUGUCAGACAAACAGACAGAAACACGAACCGAAAACUGACUUCAUCUCAUCAUUUAUGUUCAUGACGCUGAAGUUAGCAUCUUAGUCACUUCCUAUCUAGACUUUAGGGUCAUGGAAACAAGGUCCUGAUCCAAAACCACUAAACCUAGACCUGUCAGAUCUGGACUAGCUAACCUAAGAGGGUCUCCAGACUUCUGUAAACACUGUUUCAGGUGUAAGGUUUAGGUGGAUGUGACUGCACCACCAGCAGGGUUUAAGGUUCAGAGGACUUCUACAUGGGACUGAUGGAUCAAGAGAUGAUGAAGGGUAAAGCUGAUGAGGAUGACUACUGGAACAGCUCUAAGUUUAAAGCGUUCACCUUCGAUGACGACGACGAUGAGUUCAGCAGACUCAAAGAGUCGAAGCGGGCGGUGAACAGCAUCCGCCUGGCGGAGGAAGACGAUGAUGAAGACGAUGUGGAGAAGGUCAGCUGGAGCGGGGAGCCCGUCGGGAGUAUCUCCUGGUCCGUCAGAGAGACGGCGGCGUCCAAUCAGAGGACGGAGAAAGAGCCCGCCUUCCCCAAAAUCAACACGGACAUGCCCGCCAUCAGCAAGAGCAACUCGGGGUACUCUCUGAGCUCGCUGUUCAAAGGAAAAACUCGAGGGAACCUUCAGAGCCUGACGGACUCAUUCAGCGACUCGUCUGCCCGGCUCUACGCUCCAGAGCUACGGAAACCCAAAUCUGAGUACAAGGAUUACACCAGUGAUUGGUCGCCUGAGGAGACGGUCCAGAGAAUGCAACAAGGAAAGAAUGUGUCUCUGGAGAAGUUCCGGUCUCUUCAGGAUAAGCUCCUCCUCCUGGAUUUUGCCGUCAGCGCUCACGAUGGGAACGUCAUCACUGCUGUGUUAAUCUUUCUGAAGAGGACUCUGUGUAAAGAGGUUUUGUUUCGGGAGCUGGAGUCCAGACAGGUGGCCCUCAGACACCUGAUCCAGUACCUGACUGAGACCAAAGACCAGAGGCUGCUGCUUGAGCUGCUCAGAGCUCUGGGCAGGACAGAGGACAUGGCUCUGCUCCAGUACAAAGAACACCUGAGCAUAUCGGAUGAAAACAAGAGGCGGGACUUCCUGAAGAGCUGCCUCAGUCUGCCGUUCUCAGCAGAGGACUCGGCGCACGUUCAGGAUCACUACACGCUGCUGGAGAGACAGAUCAUCAUCGAGGCUACUGAUCGUCACGCUGAGCAAGGAGGAAAAGUGGAAAUCUUCCAGAAGUUUCCAAGAAGAGCUUCAAUCCUCAACAUGCCGAUGGUCACGACACUCUACUACUGCUGUUUCUACCACUACAACGAGGCCGAGGGAACCUACAGCAGCCCACUAAACAUCCGGCAGACCUUUAAGGUGUCAGAGAAGCAGUACUUUGUGACGGCGUUGGCGGCGCGGGCGAAGCUAAAGGCGUGGUCAGACGUGGACGCUUUGUUCACCAGCAGGAACUGGCUGGGCUUCACGAGAAAGAAAUCCCCUCUCAGCUUCCAACGAGUCGUCGACAUCCUGCAGAAGAACUCCGCCCCCACACAGGUGUUACAGGACUACGUGGCGUUGGUGGAUGACGCUGAACUGAAGAUCAGUUUGGCUCAGAAACAUAAAUGUCACGAUAUCGUCAUAAACACGUACCGGGACCUGAAGGACCGUCAGCAGUUAUUGGGAUACUUAGGGAAGGUGCAGAGGGGGUCAGCGGAGGAGAGGAAGAUCAACGAGCUGCUCAACAACCAGCAAAUAAGGUGGAAGAACUGAAGACAAAGACUUUUACUUUGAAGGGAAGCAGGAAGUUUCCUACCCAUCAUGAUGGCAGUGAGGUCAGCAGGGAGGAGCUCUGACUCCGCCCCCCUCAAAGCACGGAGUGGGUGGGGCUUAUUCUUUCUGCUGAGUCAUUGUUCGAACAUUCCUCAAAAAAACAUUUUUGUAAAUAUGAAUGUAAGAAAAUAAACUAUAACAUGAUUCAUAAAGA